AUGAAACAUAACACAACUGCGCAAGAUAUUCACAUUGCUAGAGAAACUGCUGAAUUAUUUAAAUCUAAUAUCUUUAAAUUACAAAUUGAUGAGCUUUUGGAACAAGUUCAAAUAAAGCAUACUCAUAUUCUUAAGGUAGAAAAAUUUUUGCAUAAAUUAUAUGAUAUGAUACAAUCAGUUCCUGAAUGGCAAGAACAAACUUUAGGAAAUGUCGAACAAUUCUUCAAAGAAAGCUUUGUAUCCGUCCCAUUUGUUGACCCAAAACCAAUUUCUGCAUCCACCAAAUAUAAAUUUAAUUUCAAAACUCCAUCAGUUACUUUAAUUGGCUCAUUUGCAUUAAAAGCUGGUAUCUACCAACCAGAAGGAUCCUCCAUCGAUGUUUUAUUAACUAUGCCAGAAGAGUUGUUUGAUAGAAAAGACUUUUUAAAUUUUAGAUGUUUACACAAAAGAAGUGUUUACUUAGCAUAUUUAACACAUCAUUUAUCAGAAUUAUUAAAAAGUGAGAAUAUGGAUUCUUUCAUAAAAUUGGAAUAUUCCCAGUUUAAUGAUGAUGUUCUGUUACCUAUUCUAAAGUUAUCAUGCAAAAAACCUGAUCAAGGUUCCAAAAGAAACGUAUCUGAAUAUAAUUUUUACAAGACAAAAUUCUCUAUCAAUUUAGUUAUUGGCUUCCCAUAUAAAGCAUUUGACCCUAAGAAACUGUUACCAAGUAAGAAUUGUGUAAGAGUAGCUACCUCUGACGAAAAUGUGGUUUUGCCUCCAACUCCAUUAUAUAACUUUUCAAUUUUAUCAAACUCAACACAUGAAGUAUUUUUAAAAUACCUAUACAAAACUAAAAAACAGACAGAUUCAUUUAAAGAAGCAACUAUACUAGGUAGAUUAUGGCUACAACAACGUGGGUUUUCUCCAAAGAUUUCACAAUCCGGUUCUUUAGGUGGUUUUGGAACAUUCGAAUUUAGUAUUUUGAUGGCUGUAUUAUUGAAUGGUGGUGGUGAAAAUGCUAACAAAAUACUUCUGCAUGGAUUUUCAUCAUAUCAGUUGUUUAAAGGUGUUAUCCAAUACUUAGCUACCAUGGAUUUAUGUGAUGGUGGUAAUUUACAAUUCCACUCUGAAAAUGAUUCAGCUUCAGCUUCAAAAUACAUUAAUGAAGGAUUUAAAACUCCAACAAUCUUUGAUAAAACUACCAAAAUUAAUAUUUUGAGUAAAAUGACUAUUUCAUCUUACCAAGUGUUAAAGAAGUAUGCACAAGAAACAUUGCUAAUGUUGACAAAUGUUGUUCAAGACCAAUUUGCAAACAUAUUUUUAACUGAUGUUGGUAAGUUUGAUAAUAUAAAAUACGAUCUAUGUUACAAUAUCAGUAUUUCAAAAACUUCAAACUCCAGCACACUUUCCCAUUUAUUAGGCAGUUUUGGUGCUAUGGAAAGAGUAAAAUUUGUUACCAUUGAAAAUUAUCUUGCACACAAAAUUACCACUGUUGCUAAGUUUGCACUUGGAGAUAGAAUUAGAUUAAUUGAAGUUGAAUUGGUGGGCCAAAACCACAGAUUCCCAAUUAAUAAACGUAAACCCCAUCCGGCUGGACAAGGAAACUUAAACUUUGAAUUUAUUAAGUUGAAAUUGAUUACAAAUGGUUCUGAAAGUGAAAAAAUUGUUACCAAGGGUCCAAUUUUCUCAGAAGAUCCAUCACAAGAAGCUGUUGCAUUUAAAAAUUUCUGGGGCGCUAAAGCUUCUUUACGUAGAUUUAAAGACGGAUCCAUUACUCAUUGUUGCAUCUGGUCAACUUCAGCAAAUCAACCAGUUAUCACCUCUAUUCUGGAUUUCAUUCUGAAGUCUCAUUUCUCAGAUGGUAUUCAUAUUUCUGAUAAUUUCACAAAAUUGUUCCAUGAGCUAUUGCCUUUGCCUAACUUACCUGCCAGUUCCAAUACUUCAGUUCUAAACUUAUCAAGUUUCUAUAACUUGAAAAAGUCGUUUGACCUUUUGUAUAAAAUCAUUUUUAAAAUGAAAUUACCUUUAUCUGUUAGAUCCAUCCAACCAGUUGGCUCUGCUUUCAGAUAUACUUCUCUAUGUCAACCUGUACCUUUUGCAUACUCUGACCCUGAUUUUUUUCAAGAAGUGGUAUUAGAAUUUGAAACCUCCCAAAAAUGGCCAGAUGAAAUUUUUUCUUUAGAAAAAUCCAAAACGGCCUUUUUACUAAAAAUUCAAGAGCAAUUGGAAGCAGAAAAUGGAGACAGGUAUAGGUCAUUUUUCACUCGUGAUGAAAGUAUACCAUAUAACACUGAAAUUAUGACUUUACAAAUUUUAACACCAGAAGGUUAUGGUUUCAAAUUCAGAGUUCUUACUGAACGUGAUGAGAUAUUAUACUUGAGAGCUAUUUCAAAUGCUAGAGCUGAAGUUAAAUCUUCAUUAGAAAACACCUUUUUGAAAUUCAAUGCGAAAUAUCAAGCCUCACCAAGACACACAAGAACAAUUGAAAAUCUCUCACAUACUUUUGAAUUUUACUCACCUGUCGUUAGAUUGUUUAAAAAGUGGUUAGACUCCCAUUUAUUACUUGGCCACUUAAGUGAAGAAUUGGUAGAAUUAAUUGCAAUGAAACCAUUUGUUGAGCAUGCACCAUUCUUGGUGCCUGGUUCUGUUGAAAAUGGGUUCUUGAAAUUACUAAGAUUUUUGAGCCAGUGGAAUUGGAGAGAAGAUCCUUUAAUUUUGGAUUUAACCAAGUCAGAUGAAGAACUGUCAAAUUCAUUAGAUACUAGUAUCGGUGCAGGCCCCGGAUUUGAUUCUAAGACCAUCAAGAAGUUAUCUGAAAGAUUAACCCUAUCACAAUAUAAAGGUAUCCAAUCUAAUUUCCACAAUUUGAGGAAAAGUGAUCCAAAUGGUUUAACUAUCCAAUUUUUUAUUGCUUCAAAGAAUGAUCCAAGUGGUAUUCUUUACAGCAGCGAUGUUCCUCUACCAAUUGCAACCAGAAUAACAGCUUUAGCAAAAGUUGCCUUGAAUUUAAUUCAAAUACAUGGCUUAAACAAGCAAACUAUUGAUUUAUUAUUCACUCCUGCUGUCAAGGAUUAUGAUUAUGUCAUUCAAUUGCAGACUCCAACUCCAUUAAAAUCUUCUUCUGGUAUCUUAGAAAUUACUGAAUUCAAGAAUUUAGCAAGUUCCAAGUUACCUUCUAGCUUCCCUUCAGAUUUAAGCAAAAUGAGCGAAUUAAUGGAUCCAACCUACCAUUUAGUGAAAUAUUUGAACAUGAAGUACAAAAACAGUGUGAUCUUCUCAAGUCAUAAAUAUAUUUGUUUGAAUGGUGGCCCAGAUGGUAAUAAAAAUGUAAUCACAGCAUUAGUCAAACCAAUGUUUAAGAAAGAUAUGAAAUUCAGAGUUAACAUAGAUGGUAACGUUGCUCCUAUUGAUGCUGAAAUGGUUAAAUUAAAUAGGGAUUCCAUCUUCCAUGAAAUAGCUUCAUUCGGUAAUGACAUGAUUGUUAGCUUCGAAACAUAUUUAAAUUAA